GGCUGCUCCAGUUUGAGGACACCAUGUGUGCAGGGGAGCUGCAGAGUGCUGGACAGUCGGCUCUUGGAGGGAAGAAGGGGACAGGAGCUUUUAGACCCCCAGGGAUCAGGCAUGGACCUGAAUCCAGCCAGCAGCCCAGACCUCAGUAAGAGUGCUGACAUGACCCCCGGGCCCAACAUGGGCCUUUCCCCAACCUUGGGCGUAACAGCCCUGAGUCUCGGCAUGGAGAGCCUGACUCCCAAGGAGGACGAGGGGCCCAAGCUGAACGUGGCCCUGGAUCCGGCCGUUGUCCUGGCUCUGGCUCCCCCGGUGGGGAGUGACUCCGAGAAGCCGACCUCAGAGAACGGCUCUCACCUCAGCUCAGAGCCGGCCUCCACCUCGUUCCAGACCCCCCCCUCCAGCAAGGCCGGCAGCGUGGAGUCAAACGGUUAUGGUUCCAGUAUCAUCCCGGCCCCAACCCCGGCCCCCCACAUGGCCCUUGUGUCAGGUUUAAAUGACCUGAGCGCUCCUGGGUCCAAUCAGCCUUCCGGCAUCCCCAUCGCCCCGACCCCCAGCCCCAACCUUCUCCUAGGCGAAGAGGCCAAAAAGCCCAGUCCCAGUUCCACCAUGCCUCUCGCGCCAACCCUCUCUUCCACCCACCUUGUGAAUAAAAGUCCCAGCGCCCACAGGACCUUGGACCUGAAUUCCAAUAGCACCUCCAAGUCUGGCUCAGCCCGGGUCCAGACAGCCAAGCUGAGCCCAAGCCCGAGCCUGAACUCCGGACAAGCCUUGAGUAUGAAUUUUGACGCUAGCCCCCUGAUUGGCCCUCCUGAUGCUCACCCAAUGAGCCCCGACUUAACCAUGAGUCCCACGGUCCCGAGGAACCUGGGCCUGGAAAAUUCCCCCAGGCCGAACUCCAACUUGGUCCUCUGGCCCUUCUCCAACACCAUCCCCAGUCCCGGCUCCCAGAGGUCCCUGGGGAUGGGGGCAGACACCACCUCCAGGUCCAGCUCCAGCGCAGCCCUGUCCCCGGCCUCAAGUCCGAGCUCCGGGAAGACCAGGAACAUGGAAAUGGGCAACUCCAACGGGACCUUGAAUUUUGCCACAGACGACAAAACCCUUUCAGACUCCAACGUCGACAGACCCAACUCGCUCAUGGCCCUCGCGCCCAUCACCUGCAUGUCCCUGGUGGUCGACACCAGACAGGACAAGAGGGCCGACGCGGGCUGCAUCCUGACGGAUGCUUCCUGCGUGACUCUGACAAGCAGCCAAGACAACCUGGAGGACUUCAGGAUGCCCACGGGCUGUGACAGCAGGACAGCAGAAUUCAAGCGGAAGAUGGAAACCAGUCCAUCCAGGACGUUCCAAACCCUGCGCAAGGCCAGCUCGGAUGACAACUCCAUCUAUCACACCAUACCUGACGAGAUCUAUGAUGAGAUCAGUUCGAGCCUCCCUGAGAAGGAGAAGGAGUCGAGAAAGAACCGCAAAUAUGCAGCGCAAGAAGAGAAUAAGACCAUCCCUGAGAAAAGCCAAGAGCACCUGGAGCUGGAUGAAGACAAGAAAGAGCUGAUAAGGAAGAUGAUGAAGCAGAUCCAGGAGGAACCCACGGAUAAGCUCUCCAAUUCCAACCAGCAGCAGGCAAUGUUAACCCUCGCCCAACUGAGUCCCCUCCAACCAUACCUGGGAGUAAAGGGGAAGAAGGAGCUGGUGACCAUCUGUGUGAAGAGCGUGUUCUCCUUGCCCUCAGUACAGACCAUGGAGGAGCAGGACACAAACAACUCUGACUUUGUCCAGAUAUUGUAUUCUCAGACACUGGAUGGCCUUCAGACGUUGUUAAACUCUCUCUUCUUAGAAGAUCCUACCCCAGCUGGCCUAACUAGCCUUUUGGAGCCCCUGGGACCCUGGAUGACAUCUGCAAAAUCCCACGAGAGAGCCAGAGCAGUGAAGGAAAGUGUCUUCCUGCUAAACUGCGCACUCCAGACUCAGCCUUUCUUUACCAACUUCGUAGAACAAUUCUUGAGCUUCCCUCUGGAGCCUAAGGGAAAGAUGAACUUCGAGCACAGCCGAGGAAACUAUUUUACAAUGUUUGGCUUCCCCAUGUUCGGUCUCCUGCUUGGCCGGCUCAUUCUUCGCGUCUGCGACCCAGAUGAAGAGAUCGGCCGGGAAGCCCUGGAUGGCAUCAUCAUUCUUUACACGAUCCUGGAGCUCCAGAAGAGGAACAUAGACAAUGAAGAGACCAACAAGCUUGAGCUGUACGAGAGCAACAAGAGGUUUCUAGGCCCCUACAACCCCGUCAGCCCUUGCCAGAACAUCCUGAGAGUGAUCGCGGAAUUUGGAGACUUUCUUGGACCCCAGCAGGUGAAAGAUCUGCUCCUGGCUGCCUUGGAAGGCCUGAGGGAUGAUCAGGAGACCCCUGCCAAAGAUACAGCCGAGAUGAUGCAGUUGGCUUCAGAAGUCACCCUGAGCUCCGUUCUGGAGUGGUAUAGACACAGGGUAUUGGAGGUGAUACCAGACAUCAUGAAUGGCAUCUAUGUGCAUUUAAGUGCCAUUCAUGAACCACGAGCCCGGGAAGUUGCCCUCUUGCCUAUCUCCCUCCUGGCCAGUUCCUUCAUGACUGAAGUGGUCGUCGCUCUGCUCAUGUGUCCCCUCCCACUGGACAGCAAUGGGGCAGAGAUGUGGAGGCAGCUAAUUCUCCGGAAACCCAGCUGUGACAUUCGGGACCUUCUGGAACUGCUCCUGACCAGUCUGAAAGAGAAGCCCAUCACCAAGAAGGGUCGGGCCUCCAUCGUACCCCUGGCGGCAGCCAGUGGCCUGUGUGAGCUCCUCUCUGUCAACAGCUGCGUGGGCCGAGUAAGGCGCAUCUACCCCCAGUUGCUCCUCGCCCUGUUGGUCCAGGUCCAUUACCACAUCGGUCUGAAUCUGCCCGGCAACAACUGUGGCUUCAGGAAUGGCCCAAGUUCCAUCUUUAUCCCUGUCCGGUGGGUGGUGAAGGUGGUCAAGACCCUAUUGUUAAAAAUGGGUUGUUCUUAUGAAGCUGCCCUCCUGGAGAGUCAAGGAGGCUGGGAGCUCAUGGGCCAGGCCGAACAUCACCACCGGGGCGUAUCUCUCCUGGCCAGGGCCAUGGUGCAUUAUUCCUGCCAAGAACUCUGUCGGGUGCUCUACCUGCUGAUUCCACUCCUGGAAAGAGGGGAUGAGAAGCACAAGAUCACCGCCACGGCCUUCUUUGUGGAGCUCCUCCGGAUGGAGCAAGUAAGGAGGAUUCCAGAGGAGUACUCCCUGGGUCGGAUGUCCGAGGGUCUGACCAACGAAGACCCCAUCAUGAAAGUGCUCUGUAUCAGGGGCCUGGUCAUCCUGGCCCAUAGAUCAGAAAAGGUGAGGAAAGAGAUUAAAUUUUCUCCAUCAUCAACAUCCUCAAGGCAAAACACGGACCAAUUAUGUAGUGCCAAAAUCCAGGCCCUUCUGCCUUCCAUGAUGAAGGGCCUGCAGUGGGUGGAUGGCUUGCUGGCGGUGGAGGCAGUCAGCAAUGUCAAGACCAUUCUGAAGUGUCAGGAUAAGAAGUCAGGGGACAUUACCAUUUAUCUGGAAAUCCUGCAGGUUCUCCAGCCCCACUUCAAUGAUAACAGGGAAGAAGUGCGUUCGGCGGCCAUCACCCUCUUCGGGAAGGUGGUCCGGCUGCUGCGGAGCCCCUGCAUGCCUCUCACGGAGCAGCAGCUGGUGAACUGCCUGGUCCCUCUGAUCCUGCAGCUUCAGGAGGGGAACCCCAUCGUGGGGAAGAAAUGUAAGAAGACCUUGACCUAUUGCUGCUAUCACAUGGCUUGGGGCCUGCCAAAAAUGAUGUACAGCAAAAAGCCAUGGGACAUCAGUCAACAGACCGUGACUAAGAUCUGCAAGUACUUGGUGAACACCCACCGAGACAGUGCCCUCGUGUUCCUGACCCAGAGCCUGGAAUAUACCAAAAGCCCUCGGGCUGCCCUCCGGAGGAGUGCAGUCACUUUUAUAGGGUCCCUCGUACCCUGCAUGGAAGGCAUGCUGACUGAGGAACUCCUAAAUGAAGUAAAGACGGCCCUGGAGGCCCUGAGGCACGACCCGGAAGCGUCAGUGUGCAUCUUUGCAGCCCAAGCCCAGGACCAUAUUUUAGCCAGCUGCUGGCGGAACUCCUGGCCCCUUCCUCGAGGGGACUCUUGGGUCUGUGACCCGGCCUCCAACCACCGAUGGAACUCCAGCAAAGAGAACCUCCCUGUUUCCCAUCACCGCAGAUCCUGGAUCCUGGAGUCGCUGAGGGUCUGGAAGAAGACUUUAAAGUAGCAACCAGCAGCUGCCCAGCCUGCCUACUGGCCUAUAAAUGCUAGAUUGGUUACUUUG